CCUUUACCACCGAGAGAGGAACGCGAACAACCAACGAUCGCCUCAUCGCCAUGGCACGCUCUGUCCCCAUCGCGCCUCUGCUCCUGCUCCCCCUCCUCCUCCUCCUCGUCUCCACUGCGUCCGCUGCACGGACCGUGGGCGACACCGUGCAGGACGCGUGCAGCAAGACACAAUUCCCCAAGAUCUGCGUGGACAGCCUCACCGCAAAGCCAGAGAGCCAGAAGGCGACCCCGCGCCGGCUGGCGGAGCUGUUCGUGAACAUCGCGGCCGAGAAGGGAUCCGGGAUGGCCACGUUCGUGCACGGGAAGUACAACAACGCCAAGGACAGCACCGUGUUCAAGUGCUACGACAGCUGCUCGGACGACGUCGAGGAGGCCGUCGCCCACCUCAACGGCCUCGUCCGGGAGCCCACCGACGCCAAGUUCCUGGAGCUCAAGUCGUGGCUCUCCUCCACGCUCGGCGGCACCUCCACCUGCGAGGACGCCUGCAAGGACCUGCCCAAGAACGGCGACAAGGACGACGUCGUCAACUUCAGCCUCGACUUCGAGAAGCUGCAGCGCGUCACGCUGGACCUCAUCACCGAGGCAUCCGGAUCCAUGUCCGCAGGCAUCGCCCUGCCACCCUCCAACGCCGGAGCGCCCUCCUACGGGGCGGCGGCGCCGUUCGGAGGUGCCGCGGACGCACCCGCCGGCACCUCCGAGGGCCCUGCCAGCGCCAGCGGGCCAUCAGCUGGUGACGCGCCGGCGUAUGGCGCCAGCGCCAGCGGCCCGACUGCUGAUGCUCCGGCGGCGGCGGCGGCGGCGGCGUCGUCCGGGCCCUCUAGCGCACCCGCGCCAUCGUCGUCUGAGUCCUCCGGCGCACCAGGGCCGUCGUCGUCUGAUGGGUCCUCCGGCGCCCCGGCGCCAUCGUCGUCUGAUGGGUCCUCCAGCGCCCCGGCGCCAUCGUCCGGCGACGACGGAUCAGCUUGAGCGUGAGCGAUGACGCGGAGUUUGGGUCAUUUCGUGCCUACUCAGAGACGACGAUCUCUUCUUCCAAUUACAAAUUGGCCGUCCGUUUACUCCUCACAAUGUGUAAUGAUAAUAACGGAUGCUACUACGUACCGUACGGAUAAUGGGUACGUAGCUACAUGAAGCUGUCUACGGAUAAUGCCGUCCGUUUACUCCUCUCACAUGUUUAAAAUUUUAGUUUCGUUUCUUUCGAUUUCGAACGCUGUUGCAUAUUCCCAGACCCAAUAAUAAAGAACCCGACAGACAAUGCAACAACCU